AUGUUUAACACACGUUUGUCCAAUGAAUGUGGAAAAAAGGAUAGAAAGCCGCUGGGGCUGGAGCGGGACGUGUCCCGGGCGGUGGAGCUGCUUGAGCGGCUCCAGCGCAGCGGGGAGCUGCCUCCGCAGAAGCUGCAGGCCCUCCAGCGCGUCCUGCAGAGCCGCUUCUGCUCUGCCAUCCGGGAGGUAUAUGAGCAGCUCUAUGACACGCUGGACAUUACCGGCAGCGCUGAGAUCCGGGCCCACGCCACAGCAAAGGCCACGGUGGCCGCCUUCACAGCCAGUGAGGGCCAUGCACAUCCCAGGGUGGUGGAGCUGCCCAAGACAGAUGAGGGCCUGGGCUUCAACAUUAUGGGGGGCAAGGAGCAGAACUCGCCCAUCUACAUCUCCCGUGUCAUCCCUGGAGGCGUGGCUGACCGCCACGGAGGCCUCAAGCGUGGGGACCAGCUGCUGUCAGUGAAUGGUGUGAGCGUGGAGGGGGAGCAACAUGAGAAGGCAGUGGAGCUGCUGAAGGCAGCCCAGGGCUCAGUGAAGCUGGUGGUGCGUUACACACCCCGUGUGCUGGAGGAGAUGGAGGCCCGUUUCGAGAAGAUGCGCUCUGCCCGCCGGCGCCAGCAGCACCAGAGCUACUCGUCGUUGGAGUCUCGAGGCUGAAACCGUACAUCUGGACCCUCAUCCCCUCCCCUGUACAGUAUUUAUUGUCACCCGCUCCUUAUUUAAAGAUCUUUGACCCACA